AUAUUUUGCCAACACGCUUAAAAUUUUAGUAAACCCCAAUUUUUGCCAUGAAAUAUCAUGAAAUUCCUGUGACUUUUCGCCUUUUGUUUACUGAGAAACCGACCCUUCUGAAAUUCAAUUUUAAAUUUUUCUAUACCUAAAUGGGCGAGUAUUAGAUUAUUGAGAAAAGGAGGGAAAAGUAUGGCGAUUUCUCUGUCUUGUUCUGUGGUUUCUCGGAUUUCAAUUUCAUCGACGUACUCUUUUAUGAAAGCAAAUGAAUUGGGAUACUCAUCGGUUCUAUUGAAAUCUGUAAACCCUUUUCGGUUAAAUUGUCUGUCUACACUUACCACUUCUGCUGCUGCUUGUCAUUCCAGUAGAAAGCUGUUCAACGUUCGAGCGACAGUGUUGCAAGAGAAUGAAGAUAAAGUGAUUGUAGAGGAAUCAUUCAAUCCAAAGAGUUUUCCUGAGAAGGAAGGAAAGGGAAGCUCAGGGGAGCCACCUGACGAUCCAUCCUCCAGUGGUUUAGAGAAGUUGAUUAUAAAGUUUGAGCAAUCUAUAAAUAUUUUUCUCACGGACUCAGUCAUAAAGAUACUUGACACCUUGUACCAUGACCGCGAUUAUGCGAGAUUUUUUGUUCUAGAAACUAUUGCAAGAGUUCCUUAUUUUGCCUUCAUGUCUGUGCUGCACAUGUAUGAGAGCUUUGGAUGGUGGCGACGAGCGGACUAUCUGAAAGUUCAUUUUGCUGAGAGCUGGAAUGAGAUGCACCAUUUGCUUAUUAUGGAAGAGUUGGGGGGAAAUGCUUGGUGGUUCGAUCGGUUCCUUGCUCAACAUGUUGCAAUAUUUUACUAUUUUAUGACUGCUUUUAUGUAUGCUUUGAGCCCAAGAAUGGCAUAUCAUUUCUCUGAAUGUGUGGAGACUCAUGCAUUUGAAACUUAUGACAAGUUUAUCAAAACUCAAGGAGAGGAGUUGAAGAAAUUGCCUGCACCUACAAUUGCGGUUAAAUAUUACACUGAAGGUGAUUUGUACUUAUUUGAUGAAUUUCAAACAGCAAGACUUCCCAAUAGUCGACGGCCAAAAAUUGAGAAUUUGUACGAUGUCUUUAUGAACAUUAGAGAUGAUGAAGCAGAGCAUUGUAAGACAAUGAAAGCCUGUCAGACUCACGGUAGCAUCCGCUCCCCUCACUCGUAUCCAGAGGAUGCACGGGAUGAUGAUUCGGGUUGUAUAGUUCCUGAGGCAGACUGUGAAGGCAUUGUAGAUUGCAUAAAGAAAUCUGUAAAGGACUCCGGUGCAAAGAAAAAGUGAUAAGCAUCAAAAAGAGUCGAUGAAAAUUUUACUGUAUUGUAAUACCUUUUUUUCCUAUAGGAAAAUCAUCUGUACACAUGCAUGUAUAGCCAAAAAAAAUUGCACUUUCUUGGCCUGAAAGAAUAUAGUUAUACCUGAAAUGUAAUUCUUAAAUCCUCGUACUUCAAUUUUGUGAGAGGAUUUACCUCUUCAAUAAUUGUAUGCAAUGAGCAGUCCCAUCUUACACACAACAUCAAUUGUGAUGGAGUUAAUUAA